CCACCUACUACUACUACUUCUCGGCUUCUCGCCACUCGCCAGUAAUUACCUAAUUCAAGAAAAACUCUUCAUACGAAUAUCGUGUGUGUGCUAGCUAUGGCCCUCGUCAAAUUUUUUCAUCGAAAUAUGCUGCGGUCUAUAAGGCGGUCGUCCUGCUUUACAUCACAAGCUGCUUGCAGUACAAGUAGCAGUGUUGGCACUGCUGAAUCAAGUGACAAUAAAGAAAGCACUGAGAGUCUUAAUGAAAGUACUACUUGGGAUCCUCUGAAGAUUGAAGAACUUCUACGGGCGCAGUCAGCAAAGGAUAUGCCUGUUGAAAUGCCAAAUCCGUAUGAAGAAGAACGAGUUCAAUGCAUAUUAUGUAAAUACAAGAUCCACUUAGACUACAAAAAUCCCCGUCUACUAUCCCAGUUCAUUUCACCCUACACAGGAAGGACUUAUGGAAGACACAUAACACGGUUAUGCAGACGACAGCAAGAGAUUUUGGAAAUUGAAAUUGGAAAGAGUAGAGAUGCAGGAUAUAUGGCUAUAAUGAUGAAGAGUGUGCAGUUCUUGAAAGACCCCAAGCUUUUUGAUCCAAAUGAUCCUGAUCGACCCCACAAUUACUAGCCCAUUGACCUUGUUUGUGCUAAGUAUAUAAGGUGAAUUUAGGCAUGUAUAUAUUUUCACCUUGUCUUUAUUCGUUAUCAUGUAAUAAAUUUGUGUAUAAAGCAA